AAGUGCAGGGCAGUUUCCCGACGAACCUUUUUUUGUGUUGCACAAGUUGAGUUCGUCUGCUUUUACAUUCCCGCGGUGCAAUGUAGAAAGUGAAAUUGUAGCUAUGCAUACUGAAAAAAAAAUAAUUAAAAAACAAACAAAAAAAUUGAAUAUUAAGAAUUAAAACAUACAACUGGUAAACGAGACAAACAAAUGCGACACGGUUCUGACUGGGUAGCUACGAAAUAAAAGAUAUGUGCCGGUGAUAAAACAUUGCUAUUCGUGAAAAGGGAUUGGCAUUGAAUUCAUAUUUACCAACUACGGUACUCCAAAUGGUUAAACUGGGGUCGAACGCCGUGGUGGGGCUCGUCACGUUAGGAGCCACGGCAGGAGCCGGGUGGAUAAUUUAUUUGAUUUACAAAGAUAGAAAAAAAAGAAAAGGCCGACGACUUGAGAAUGAAAACAGCUCCCCGCCUAUGUUAUACACUACUGUUGGACCACAUGGAAACAUCACUAGCAGCAGUGCGAGAGAUUUGGAGAGCCAAGCUUCUCGAGUCUGUGCUGUCCUGAGGGAGACGGGUGGCCGUGGCUUGAUGCCGGAGCAGCAGGUGGAGUUUUGGAACCAGCUGGACACAAUGCUGCAGUGUGUGAUGGAGCUCAAGACCGAGGUGGCUGACCUGAGGAAGGGGCUUGAGGGGAUUGUUGUGCAGAUAGUCAAAGAAGUCAAAUCCAGCGCGGAGGAGAGUCAGAAGGCAGCGCGGAAACGGAGACAUUUCUUCAUGAGGGAGCGCUCAGACUCCAUGAGCUCAAGCUCCAUUUACUUCAGUGCAAGCGCAGGCGCAGCCAGUGUGUACGAUGGGGAGAGUGAGGGAGGAUACACGACUGCUAAUGCAGAGUCUGAUUACAAUGGCGAGACGGACAAAGAGACUGACAGGGAUACCGAGGAGGAGGAGGAGGAGGAUGAUGAGGAAGUGAGUUGCGCCACAGUGAAGGCUCUCCGCCGGGAUUCCCUCAGCCUAGAUGAUGACCCCAUCGCCCAACUGACCACGGAGCUGCCUGAUGAUGAGUUCAACCUCAUGAUGGAGACGAGCGACAGGCUCCAUACGGGGACCAUCCAGGACCACACCGAGGGGUUCCAGCUGUUGCUAAGCAACAAGCCCAUGUACAAGGAGAAGAAAGAAUUUCUGUGGCGGCUGGCCCGUUCCUACAAAGACAUGUAUGAGAUCACAGAAGACAAAGACGAGAAGCAAUCCUACGCAGAACAAGGGAGAGAAGAGGCAGAAGCAGCUCUCCAGAAAGAUGACCAGUGUGCCGAGUGCCACAAGUGGUUUGCGGUUUUGACGGGCCUUACAUCUCGCUACGAGAGCACGCAUGGGCGUCUCAAGAGUGGCUACAUUUUUAAGGAACACAUCGAUAAGGCAAUCGCCUUGAAGUCCAAUGACCCAAUGUGCUACUAUCUGCUCGGAAGGUGGUGCUAUGAUGUGUCCAAUCUGGGCUGGCUGGAGAGAAAGGCUGCUUCAGCAAUUUAUGAGACCCUUCCCACUGCCACAGUCCACGAUGCCCUGCAGAACUUCCUCAAGACUGAAGAGCUGAGCCCAGGUUAUUCUAAAACUGCAAGGCUGUACAUUGCAAAGUGCUACAAGGAUCUGGGCAACAACUCAGCAGCUCAACACUGGGCAGAGUUGACUUCAAAGAUGACCUGUGUCACAAAUGAGGACAUAAACAAUGAAAGCUUGGAAGAAAUGCUAGAAACCCUAAGAGAAUGAGAAGUUUACGUGAUACUUGCAGCAAAGGGUUGGGGAGGGGGGAGGGAUGGAGUUUGGACCUAAAGCGAUUUACCUCCGUACAGGACAGCAGAGGUGUUGGAAUGCAAGACCCUUGUAGAAAGUGAAAUGUGAAUUUUGAAUGUGACUUGGGAAUGCUUUCUUCCAGGGUCUUCAGUUGUAUUGAACAGAGUGAAUGAUCAAACAAGUGUGUUCAUGUCUUUAAGGGCAACUGACAAAGACUUUUGUAUGAAGUGCAGGAUUUGAUUAUAUCCUACUGUGUGUUUUUGUUUGUUUAUUUGUUUUUUGUUUUUUUUAUAACUGUUAUAACAGAUAUUUUAUUUGUUUUAUAAAGGAAAUGUUUGUCUUGGUAUUUGCAUGUUGAAUAUAAAAGACACAAACUAACUUGUUCUUUUAGAAAUCAUUCCUUUUGUCCUAAUUGAAACCAGUGAAUAUGUACAGUAACUGGGGCUAAUUCAAUUAACUUUUAGCUUGAGAAAAUAUCUAUUUCAGUAAAUUAUAAAAUGUUUUUGGCUCACUGUGUUUCAAGCUUGAAUUUUUAUUUUCCUAAAAAACCCUUUUCCUAGCUAACAGUAAAUUGGCUAAUAUACUUGAUUCAGCCUCAUUGUGUAAUUGUGUAUAUUGACCAAGUGGGUACUGCUAGGGUCAGACAGGAUGAAACUGUUUAUUAUCUAAACAGUCUUUUGUGAGUUAAGAAUAAUGGUACGACAGGGUGUUGCCUCUGACUCCACACCGUUGUGAUAUUUCAGUAUAUCACAACACCCUGGACUAGAACAAUUUGAUUAUAAAGUGGUGUUUAUCAUUGUUACUUACAAAUAUACUAAUUAGGCAUUUAAACUAAUUAAUUAAUUUGUGUGUCCGUCCACUGUUUGCAUCAGGUGAGCAUCGCUGUGUGUGUGUGAGAGAAGUACUAUAUUAUUUUACAAAUAGUAAUAACUACUGAUCCCAUGUAUUUGUGUAUUUAAUGGAUUUUAUUUGACUGGAGAGUAAUGGAUUGACAGAUUAUUAACGAAUGCUGUAAUGUUAUUGAAAGAGGACGGUGCAGAUGUUUUUGUAGGCAGGAGUUAGCCUCUGCUUUUUUUCUUUGCUAGGAGAUUCAUAUUUCAUUAUUCAUAUUUUCUGAUGUAGCUCCAGCCUUGGUGAUAUUGUGAAAUGUUUCAAGGGGUGGAAAGUGUGAUCGACCAAUCAGAGAGCAGCAUGCUACAAGUAAAUUGAGAUUGCUAUGCACUUGCAUUGAUUUGUUGCAAAUUUGUUUUAAUAUUUAGAUUUAUUAGAUUAGAUAGUGUAUAUUUAUUGUUCUCAAUACAGAGUAAAGGUGGAAGCUAAAGUUAUGUAACAUGAUUCGGUGUACUUUAACAUAUUACUGGAAAGCUAGUUAAACAAAAUAGCACAGUACACUGUGAAAUACUACAUUCCACGCUAAUUCAAACUAUAUUGUGCCUUCCACAUUAAUUAAUGUGCAAUUCCAAUGAAUCCGUAAACCAAUGCCAACUUCAUUCUCAUAUAAUCGCCUGUGUGUCAUUCUUGAUUCCUCUGUUAAUCAGAUCUAUGAAGUAUAAAUCACUUUAUUUUAUUUUUUAUUUUUUACAGUGUAACACAUUGAGUCACUCAUAAAACACCUGUGCUAAAUAGUUCUCAGGAAACAGGGUAUAAAGAAUCGCGUUUCUUCAGAUUAAUUCUAAAGCUUCUAUGUGUGCUAGUGGAGUUUUCUAAUUAUGUGAGGUUUGAUCAUUAAUCAAUCCAUGAUCUCCCUAGACAAGAGUUUUGGACUUAGAAAUGACUGAGCAUGAUAUUUCUUAACUCAGAACAGCCAUUAAAAAAAAGAUUUCCUACCCCUAACUGGCAAAAUUCCUGUAUAUAGAUGGUCAGAGUACCACUACCACCAGAUUAAUAGGAGACUUGAAGGUCUGAUUGAAAAAUAUGAGCUGAUGCAGAUUUUUAACCAACAAAAAAAGUAUUUGAGCUGAAAAAGGGGAUUCUCAUGCCAACAGAAGGGAGACUUGGCAGGUGCAGAAGCACAGAUCACACACUUUCAAAUACAUUAAACAUCAAAUUGAAAGAAUCUUGUAAAUAAUAGGGGAUGAGAGAAUUUGAUCUAGAGGUUUAUUUAUUCAAGCUGUGAGUAAUUGGAUGGUGGUCUGGGGGGAGGGGGGUUACAGUUUUAUCCUGUUUUGUUCAUUUUAGAACGUGGAAGGCCUGCUACUACACAGAUGUGUAAUAUAGAAGAUAGUAUAUAGUUGCGCAUAUUAAGAAUGGAUGUUAUUAAAUUAUGAAGCCCAAAUGAUUAAUCAGCAGCAAAUGCAAAGAUUCAGAUACAAAUAUUACAUUUAGGUUGUUCUAUGAUGGAAAAACAAGUGAUGUUCUUUUCUAAUAUAUUCUUUCUUAUAAUAUCACUGCUGUCUCAUUUCCUUUACAGAGUUAGUGUGCUGGUGUUUUGGAUCUGUGUGGUUUAGUUUAUUGUGUGCUGUCAAUCGGAGAAGAUAUGUAGUCAUAUUGCAGGAAAAGUAGUAGUGUAAAGGUUAUCAGGACAGUGGCAAUCCACAGUUGGGAAUACAGUUAUUUGUUAUUUGUGGCAGGGUUUAGGAACAUUGGAGCGUUGUUCUACUGUGUUGAGUGUAAUUAACUUAUAAAUGUACAGUAGCUUGGCUUUUGUUAUGUCAGGAGGGAACAAGAUGGCUUUAAUUGAGCAUGAAGUCAAGGACACAUGAUAAAUGUGUUGUGUACUCCUUCUUGAUUAGUGAUCACUGCUUCAGGGCACAGUCCGACAACUGCACUGUUGAUAUUGUGGAAAGAUUCAGAGAUUUGUUAAAGUACAAUAUUGUAAUUAUUUGUAAUGUUUUUUUUUUUUCAAAACAUUUGAAACAAAACUGGCGAAUGUAUCUUGCACUCUUUUUCGUGCUGCACUUCCCAUUGAAGGAACCCAUCUGACACAUGUGACUUGCUUCUGGGAGUUUGAGUCCUUGUAGGAAAAAAAAUAUACAUAUAUAUACCAGAUUCUGGCGAGUCUAUGUCUAGGGGGCGUAAAGUUGUUGUUAAGGCAAAAGUGUGUGGUUGACGGGGGGUUGACUCAGGCAAGGGCGAAAUUAAUUACAGGCAUUAUUACAGAGGGAGUAUUUUUAACAUUAGGUAGAUUACCUUUACAAAGUACCUGUAAGGCGCGCUCGAUAAAUAUUCUUCUGUAACACUGCUUCAACACCUUUGCAGUAAUGUAUGCAUUUUUCAUAUAAGAAAAUCUUAGACCUACAAAAUGAUGGCAGUAUAUAUGGGAUACAAUUGAGGAAUUAUGUUGUUAGCACCAUGUCCUUUAAGAAGGUGUUUGCUGUGGUUUCAAACCCGUUGAUUGUCAAAUUGCAUGUGUCAGGAGAUGGUUAAGAAACUGCAUUUCGCAGUAUAUCAGAGGUCUAAAUAGAAGGUCUCUUAGGAGUAGAAGCCUCUUUUGGAAGACAAUGUGUCAAGUAUUUAAUUGAAAUCCGAACAGCAGAGUAGAGUAUUUCAAUUAUCUAAGCAGGAGGUUUAUAGAAAGCAUUUUCUGACAUAUCUAGGUCUUAAAAACUCGUGUUCUAAAGGAAUAAAGAAAACUGUGUUUAAUGUCAUACAGUUGCUAGAAGAAGUUGUUUUGUUGUUUUGUGCUUAAUUUGGAAUAGUGGUGUGCAGAGGUAGGUUUAAUGAAAAGCAGGAGUCAAAACAUAAUGAACCUUCCAGAGUUCCUUUAUUCGCACAUCUCCAUGGGGUAGAAUAGGAGUUUACACAGGGUUAAAGAACAGGCUCUUCUUUGUUCUUGAAAGUAGAAAUAGGGGAAGCAUUUCUACUCCCAAGACCACAUGCACGAUCAUACUGCGCUGUUUGGGAACUCUCAAAAACUAGAAACACCACAUUGUAUGUAGUAAAAUCUUGUUAGACAGAUUACCGAGAGGAGUUUAGAACUAAUGUAUAAGCACUGGCACGCAGCUGUUAAUGCUUUUAUUUAUUUUUCCUCAAAAGGUUACGUGUGUAACUUUUUUUUUUUUACUUAGUUUAAAUGCAUUGUCUGUCUGUUUGGAAAUUUUAAUUUACAUUGCUGCUUUAAUCUGUCAAUUUUUUUAUUUAUUUUUAUUUUAUUUAUUUUUUUAAUGGCCAUGUCAUCCAGCUGUCACCUAUUAUUGGCAACAGUGUUACAGUUUCGCAAAACAACCUGAAAUUUAUUGGAAAGUCAGAAUGAACAAGGUCCAGUACCCUAUUUAAAAGGAUAAUUCUAAGUACGUCAGAUUUACUCUAAAACAAAUGCUUGCCAAUACCACCUGUUGCUAUUUUAUUUUAUUUAUAAAAUACUUAAGGAAAUAAGUAAACAAGGCAAAUUAAUUCAUGUGAGCACUGAUUUACAUAGUUCAAUCAAGCCUGAGUCAUGUUUUAAGUUGUACAAUACAUGCAUUUCCUCUUUGUAACUCCUAAAAAGUUUGGGGGACCGUAGAAACUUUUUCAAAAGUACAGUAGAUAGAUAGUUAUGGAAAAAUCUUUUUUUUAGUUAUUAUAUAUUUUUUUGUUUUACUGUAGAACUGACAACUGUUACCUAAUCAAUCAACAUUGUUUCUGUGCUACACAAAUCCUCUUCACGCACAAAAGGUAGAGGGAUAAAUGGGUCUGAUCCUAAAGCUUUUGUUUCUUCAGUUUGAUUUAGGGGUUUAUCAGCAGACCAAAACCUGAGGAGUUACCAUAGGAAUACUCUGAUACAAUCGGUAGUAAGCAGCUUGUAGCACUCACUAGUCACUGACAGUUGCGGGACCUUGUGUUCCUACAGUAAACUAUGAAUUGUGUCAUUGGAGCAGUUCUAAGUGGAAAAUCAAAUGUGAAACAAAAUUUCAAAGCGUGUAUAAAACCGUUUUGAUAAACCGCAUGAUUCACAACGUUGAUGGCAUACGCCGAAACAUUUGACUUGUACCACUUUCACACUAGCACUUUACAGUAGUGUUGCGUGUGCACUGAAGCAAGAUUCGCAACCUGUUUUGUUCACACUUCCCUUGACUCGUCUUUGAGUUCGACUGACGACUGGACUAACAUCCACCUUUGGUACUUUCGAGCCUGCAUUCAUUACUACCAGAGUAGUUUGACCCUGCAUUUGCGUGUAUAUGUAAACAGAGCCACAUUAAACAAUAACACGACUUGGAUUCAUUGUGCUCAAGUGUGAAGACAGUAGAUGUAAAUGUUACCUCUUGGUUAUUAAUGAGUUUAUUACAAUAAUAAAAGUACUUUUGUUUUUUUAUCUGAAAUACUAGCAGUAAUGAUGGUCUUUUCCUCAGUUAGGGCAACUGGAGGGGGGCUUCUUAAAGACAUGUUAGCAAAAUUAUCUCUGUAAAAUCCAAGCUUACACUUGUGAACAUGUAAUAAAGCACUGACAUAUAUAGUUUUAUUAAAUAUUUAUAUAAAUAUUGUAUUUGUUGCAGUGAAAUUAUUUUAUUUGUUUGCCACAUGUUUAACAAAAUGGUGGACCUUUUUGUUUGAAAUAGUAUUGAAGACCUAUUCAAGUAGUCUGUAUCUUUGUGCCACCUAGCUUGACUGCAAAACUAGAAAUAACAAACACUGGCGGGACUGCUACAAAAUGUGUUUUCUUUAUGUAUUCUUUUUUUUUUUCAAAUGUUUAUUUGGUUUCAGUUUAUGUAUUUGGCCUCUUGCAGGUUGUAAUUUUGUUUAAUCUGUGGUUUUAAUGCAAUCUAGUAGUUGUGUGGUCAAUAAAUUUUGAAAAAUCAA